UGGGUCGUAUCGCGUGUCGCUUUUCUCUCACAAGGUCUUAAGUAAUACCAUAACCACUAGCACAAAAACAAUCGGUGCCCUUAGGAUUCUGCAUCAACGGCGUUGUUCCUUUUCCUUUCCAUAAUUCAGAGUGUUUCUGUUUGAAAUACCAUCCCUAGUGUCGGUAUGGUGGCCUUGUUACCUCAAGAGAAUGUGGUUCCCUUAGUGUCUCGAACAGGAAGACAUUUGCAGCGUUACAGCAAGGGUCGUCGCCUAGUUGUCGGAUGCAUCCCUUACCGAUAUAAAACUUCCUUGGAUGGGAAAAACCAAGGACUGGAAGUCCUCGUCAUCAGUUCACAGAAAGGCAAAGGAAUGCUAUUUCCCAAGGGAGGUUGGGAAAUAGAUGAAUCCAAGAAGGAUGCAGCUUCUCGUGAGACUCUAGAGGAGGCUGGUGUACGAGGCAUUGUUGAGCCUGAAUUGGGUAAAUGGAAUUUUAAGAGUAAGACACAUGACGCCCAUUAUGAAGGGUACAUGUUCCCUUUACUUGUUCAAGAGCAGUUAGACAUCUGGCCAGAGAAGAAUGUUCGUCAAAGAGAAUGGAUGAGUGUUGAUAAAGCUAGAAAAGCAUGCCAAUACCCAUGGAUGAAGGAAGCAUUAGAUAUACUAGAACAACGUCUCCUGUCUCAGCACCAACUCGAUGAGGAAGAAGUUGCCCCUUGUUCCUUAUGUUAGCCCAAGAUAUCAAGCUGAUUUGUAAAUAGAAAAUUGUGCCAGAGCACAAGAAGUUUGCAGUUAGACCGAAAUUAAAGAUCGGCACGAAGGAAUACAGAAAAGAACAAAUGAGAACAUUCAGGGUCCCUUCAGAACUGAAGCUUGUUAGCUUUGCCCAAGGUCAUUCAGGCCCAUAACUCCCUCCAUUUUAGCAUGCAGUUGAAGCUGUGGCUACUAUCUCCAUUGGGAUGUCCAGUUAUGUUACUUAGCGUCUGCAAAUAUGUUGAACAAUGUACAAUAUAGUUACUGAAAAUAAAAGACUGAAUGACUAAUGGAUUUGGUUUCUUCAAA